AUGCAUGAGAAGUUUGGCAAGAUGCCGCCGUCGCAAGAGCAGCAGUAUAGCGAGCGCACGCCGCUGAUACAGCGUGUGCCCGUGGAUGAUGAGAGGAGAGUUCAUUUUCCACACCAGCGAGUAAGAAGAUUUUGCACCAUCGGCUUGAUCACCAUUCCACUGCUUACGCUUGCCAUCAUCUUCUUCUGCAUCGCGAUAGCAGGCCAAAACGAUCUCUUCGGCGACCAUCAGACCGAGUCGAGCGGCACCCUCUCACACCACCAACGAGAUUCGCAAGAAGUUCUCCACGGCGACCUCGCCCUCCCGCAUCCAGCUUGGCCUGCCAGUCAGGGCAUCGCCUACGACGAGCUUAAGCACAUCCUGCAUGACACCCCGUCGCCAAAGUAUGCGCGCGAAUGGAGCGAGUACUAUACUGCCGGGCCGCAUUUGGCUGGCAAGAACAAGAGCCAGGCAGAGUGGACAAGGGACAAAUGGGAAAGCUGGGGUGUCAAGAGCAGUAUCGCGGCUUAUGAAGUAUACCUCAACUAUCCGAAAGACCAUCGUCUGGCACUGCUGAAGGAUGGCAAUGUAGCAUUCGAGGCUACACUGGAGGAGGAUGUGCUGGAGGAUGACCCUACUACGGGCAUGAAGGACAGAGUGCCUACCUUCCACGGCUACUCGGCCUCUGGAAACGUCACCGCGCAGUAUGUGUACUGUAAUUACGGCACGUUCGCCGACUUUGAGGAGCUGCAGAAGGCUGGCAUUGAAUUGAAGAGCAAGAUCGCGUUGGUGAAGUACGGUGGCAUCUUCCGUGGACUGAAGCUUAAGCGAGCGAGCGAGCUCGGCAUGAUUGGAGGCAUCAUUUACAGCGACCCUGGUGAUGAUGGAGAGAUCACGGAAGAGAAUGGCUACAAGACCUACCCGGAUGGGCCAGCUAGGAACCCAAGCAGUGUGCAGCGAGGAAGCACGCAGUAUCUGAGCGUUGCACCAGGCGAUCCAACCACUAUCGGCUAUCCAUCACUUCCAGGUGCACCACGUCAGAGCACGAAAGGCAAGAUUCCAGACAUCCCCUCCGUUCCCAUAUCCUAUGCCGAAGCUCUACCUUUGCUGAAGGCACUCAACGGCCAUGGUCCGAACGCUACGUCUUUCUCCUCAUAUUGGCACACCGGCGGUCUCGGCUACAAAGAUGUGCACUACAACAUUGGUCCUUCGCCUCCGCACACGACCGUCAAUCUCAUCAACGAGCAGGAGUAUGUCACGACGCCACUGUGGAACGUUAUCGGUGUGAUAAACGGCAGUAUACCGGAUGAAGUCAUUGUGAUUGGCAACCAUCGCGAUGCUUGGAUAGCCGGAGGAGCAGGCGACCCCAACUCUGGCUCUGCUGCACUGAACGAAGUCAUUCGAUCCUUCGGCAAGGCACUUUCUGCUGGCUGGCAACCACUACGCACCGUCGUCUUCGCAAGCUGGGAUGGCGAGGAGUACGGUCUUCUCGGCAGCACGGAGUGGGUGGAAGAGUACAUCCCAUGGUUGAGCGAGGCAACGGUAGCCUACAUCAACGUCGACGUUGGUGCUCGUGGACCGAACUUCCAGACCAGUGCCGCACCACUCCUCAAUAAGCUGAUCUAUGAGAUCACCGACGAAGUGCAGAGUCCCAAUCAGACAGUGGCGAAUCAGACAGUACGAAAUACCUGGUCCGGACACAUCAGUACAAUGGGAAGUGGCAGCGACUUCACAGCUUUCCAAGACUUCGCCGGCAUAGCAUCCAUCGAUGUCGGCUUCGGCUCUGGCAAGAAUGAUCCUGUGUAUCACUACCACAGCAACUACGACUCCUUCCACUGGAUGGACAAGUAUGGUGACCCGGGCUUCGAGUACCAUAUCACUAUCGCCAAGAUCAUCGCGCUCAUGGCGGCAAAGCUGGUCGAGGAGCCAGUCAUCCCACUCAAUGCUACAGAUUAUGCUUCCGGUCUGGCAACAUAUCUUGAAAGUAUCAAGAAGCUAGCACACGAGUCUAGCUUCUCCUAUCUGGAGAAAGAUGCCUUCGACAGUCUUGCUGCCGCUGUAGCAUCGUUCAAGGAUGCUGCUUCGGGCUUUGACGCCAAGGCCGCAUCACUUCUCGACAGUGUGCCGGGUCCUUCUGCCUCGGUCUACGCUGACGUACGGUCAGUGAACACGAAGUACAAGCUGCUCGAGCGUCAAUUCCUAUAUGCUCCUGGUCUAGACAGCCGAACGUGGUUCAAGCACGUUGUCUUUGCACCCGGACUUUGGACUGGAUAUGCCGGAGCAACUUUCCCAGGUAUUGUGGAAGCUAUUGAGGACAAGAAUACGACGGCUGUGGCGAAGUGGGUCAGUAUCGUUGAGGCGAGAGUCGAUGGGGCUAUCUCACUUCUUGAAGGGUGA